AUGGCUGAUUUUGUUCUCAUUCGACGAGAGGCAAACAUGACGGUAGAUUUCUUCUCCAAAGUGGAUAUAACAUGUUGGUUCGACGAUUUCCAUCCGAAAGAGAAGGCUCAGAAGCUAUCUUUCUUCAAUUGGUGGAUGUUUUGCAUCUUCUUUGGGUCACUCUUUGCCAACACAGCUCUUAUUUACAUUCAAGACAAUGUUGGUUGGACCUUGGGGUAUGGUUUGCCCACAGUAGGGAUCAUCAUUUCGUUUCUGAUUUUCAUAUCCGGAACCCCGUUUUAUCGGCACCAGAAGCCCGUCGGGAGUCCAAUCACGAAGAUGACUUCAGUUAUAGUGGCUACGGCUAGGAAAUGGAAGGUGCCACUUCCUAGUGACCCUAAGGAACUUCAUGAACUUGACUCGGAAGAGUAUGCUAGGAAUGGGAAGUUCAGGAUUGAUUCAACACCAGAUUUGAGGUUUUUGAAUAAGGCUGCCGUGAAAACGGGACCAACCGAUCCAUGGAUGCUGUGCUCGGUAACCCAAGUAGAGGAAACUAAACAAAUGUUAAGAAUGAUCCCAAUAUUGAUAGCCACAUUGGUGCCAAGCGCCAUGAUUGCACAAGUCAAUACAUUGUUUGUAAGACAAGGCACCACCCUUGAUAGACAUAUGGGAAACUUCAAGAUCCCCCCAGCUAGUUUAGGUGCAUUCAUGACGAUUUCAAUGCUUAUUUCUGUCAUCCUCUAUGACCGUUGCUUCAUUCCGGUAAUCCAAAAAUGGACCAAGAUUCCGAGGGGCAUCACUCUGAUUCAAAGGAUGGGAAUUGGCCUUGUUCUUCAUAUCAUAAUCACGGUGAUUGCUUCUUUAACCGAGAGGCAUAGGCUCAGUGUGGCAAGAGAACAUGGCGUAGUUGAAAAGAGAGGCCAACUUCCAUUGACCAUAUUCAUUUUACUUCCCCAAUUUGUGCUCAUGGGAACAGCUGAUGCGUUUCUAGAGGUGACGAAGCUCGAGUUCUUCUACGAUCAAGCUCCGGAAAGCAUGAAGACUCGGAACUCUUAUUAUCCUUCUAGUGUGGGGAUCGGACAUUUUCUCAGCAGCUUCCUUCUGUCAACGGUUUCCAAAGUCACUCGAAAGCACGGUCAUCAAGGAUGGAUCUUGAACAACCUAAACAAGUCUCAUCCUGACUACUAUUAUGCAUUUUUUGCAGUACUCAGCUUGUUGAACUUCAUCUUCUUCGUGGUGGUAAUCAAGUUUUAUGUGUACAAGUCCGAGGUUUCGGAUUCAAUGCGUGUGCUUACAGAAGAACUGCAGCUGAAGAGAUUAAAGUUAUCUCAUCAAGAGGAGCUAAGGAAUACAAAGGCUGAUCUUGGCCGGAAACAGGAUGUUUGUACUCUUGCUGAUUACAAUAUUCAGAAAGCUGAUGCGUUUCUAGACGUGUCUAAGCUCGAGUUCUUUUACUAUCAAGCACUGGAAAGGCACGAACUGUCUCGGUACUUCUUAUUCGAGUACGAGUCUGGGGAUCGGGAACUUUCUCAGCAGUUUCCUUCCGACGUGCUCAACUUCUUGAACUUCAUCUUUUUCAUGUUGAUAAUCAAGUUUUAUGUGUACAAGGCCGAAGUUUCGGAUUCAAUGCAUGUGCUUAUGGAAGAACUAAGGUGA